AGCCCUGCCAGAGCGACUGGGUUUUCAGUCGAAGCUGUGCACCCUAACCGAACGGACGCCUUCCAUUUCGGCGACGCCCGACUAACUACUAGACAAGUUUCACGUCUGCGCCCUGCUACUACUGUAGAUUCUGCCGCUGUGUCGAAUCGAGCCGUCGCGACGAUGGUGGCCCACCACAGGUCAUCAGAGAGCACCAGCAGCGGCAGGGGGCGUACUACUACUACUACUACUACUACCAGUGUCACCAUUUUCCUGAUCCUCACCUGUGGAGCGAUGGUGGCAGAGUCGAAUCCUGACGCCAAACGGCUCUACGACGACCUCCUCUCAAACUACAAUAAACUGGUGCGGCCGGUUGCCAACGUCAGCGACGCCCUGACGGUCAAAAUCAAACUCAAACUCUCGCAACUCAUCGAUGUGAAUUUGAAAAAUCAAAUCAUGACGACCAAUCUGUGGGUGGAGCAGUAUUGGUACGACUACAAGUUGCAAUGGAAUCCGGCGGAUUACGGAGGCGUCGACAUGCUCAACAUCCCGUCGGAGAACAUUUGGCGUCCGGAUAUCGUCCUUUACAACAAUGCCGACGGCAACUUUGAGGUGACGCUGUCGACCAAAGCCACCAUGUACCACAGCGGGUUGAUUGAGUGGAAGCCGCCGGCCAUUUACAAAUCGAGUUGCGAGAUCGAUGUCGAGUAUUUCCCGUUCGACGAACAGACGUGCGUGCUCAAGUUCGGCAGUUGGACAUACGACGGUUUCCAGGUGGAUCUGCGCCAUUUGGAGGAGAAAUUCGGGUCGACGGUGGUGGAGAUGGGCGUCGAUUUGAGCGAGUUCUACAUGUCGGUCGAAUGGGACAUCCUGGCCGUGCCGGCCACACGCAACAUGAAAUUCUAUACGUGCUGCGACGAGCCCUAUUUAGACAUCACGUUCAACAUCACCAUGAGGCGAAAGACCCUGUUCUACACCGUCAAUCUCAUCAUCCCUUGCAUCGGCAUCACAUUUCUUACCGUCCUCGUCUUUUAUUUGCCAUCCGAUUCCGGCGAGAAGGUGAGCUUGGCCAUAUCGAUCCUCCUGUCAUUGACCGUGUUCUUCCUCCUGCUGGCCGAGAUUAUUCCGCCCACCAGUUUGGUGGUGCCUCUCCUGGGCAAGUUCGUCCUCUUCACCAUGAUCCUCGACACGUUUAGCAUCUGCGUGACUGUCGUCGUGCUGAACGUGCACUUUCGCUCGCCGCAGACGCACACAAUGUCGCCGUGGGUGCGCCGGGUGUUCAUCCACAUUUUGCCGAGGUUACUGAUCAUGCGCCGCCCGCUCUACGCCAAAUUCAGCUCCAAUCCGCGGAUGAAUUCGCUCAUUUACCGGUCGUGCCACAAUGGCAUCAUCGAGUCGGGCGACUACUGGAACCAGCAGGGACUCGAGCACCACAGCUGCACUCGCUCCUCCACCGAAUUGUUCGAUUCGACGGCCGAUUUGAACGCGUCACGCUCGACAAAGGACGAAAUCUUUUCCAGAGAUAUCGCCAGUUCCAUGUUCAACGGUCCGUGUCAGCUUCACGGCAGCGCCGGCUUUCUAUCGGCGGCGGUGACGGCGGCGGAUGCUGACGACGCGCUCCUUACGCCCACUGGCUCCUCAUCGCGCUAUGUCAAUUCGGGCGUCAUCACUACCGGAAUGCCGGCUGCCGCUGCACCUCCUCCUACCACCACCACCACGACGACUACUACUACCGCUGCUGCUGCUGCUGCUGCUGCCCACACAACUGCUGGCCAACAACAUCCGCACGGGCUGCGGCCGAGAUCAUCGGCAGCCGGAGCGGCAUCGGUCCCGCCCUGUCUGUCGGAUCUGCCGCAACCAUGCUCGGCCGAUCGCUGUCUGAUGAGCCCUGGACUGACUUGUCCCGACGUCUACAUGGCACUGGAAGGAGUCCAGUUUUUGGCUGAGCACACGCGUCGGGAGCAAUACACCAUUAGGGUCCGAGAGGAUUGGAAGUACGUGGCCAUGGUCCUGGAUCGGCUCUUCUUGUGGAUUUUCACGACGGCCGUCCUACUGGGCACGGCGGCCAUUAUCCUACAAGCGCCCACUUUGUACGACGAUCGCAUUCCGAUCGAUAUCAGACUGUCGGAAAUCGCUGCCGGAGCGCUGGGCAAAGGAGCCGCUACGGCCGCCGCUAGUCCGCCGUCUGCCGUCUGAAAUUCAUUUUUUUCUUUACUUUCCAAUUUUUUUGGUUUUCGGGAAUUUUCUUCCAUUUCUUUCUGCUCCUUACUCCCAAUUCAACCGUUUGUUUCAUCGACAUUGUUCAGACUUUGACUCCCGACAUGAGAACGUCUGAUAUGCCCCACCCCGGUUGUGGUGCAUAUUACCAGGCGGCAGUCACGUUAUUAAUUAUUGAGCAAUUCAAAUCAUCUCCCGCGACCAACCUCUCCCCCACCGAUGUCAAUCCCAUCACACCGUCCCUGGUUUUUCUUACCUCCUCCCUUUGAUCACGUCCUAAUUGUCAUUUGCGUGUACAUAGAUAUUAAGCUGUUAGCUCAUCAGUCAUCGUUACCAAUCUCUUGACGAUUGUUUUUAGAAAAUUUAUCCUCGGAAGACAAAAAAUAAAA